AUGCGACCAAGAGAUACAAGCGAAUUCGGGAUCGCUAUCAUCUGCGCUCUCCCACUCGAAGCCGACCCCAUCGAAGCCCUUUUUGACGAAGCAUACGAUCGAUUUAGCAAGAUAUACGGAAAGCAGCCCGGGGACCAGAAUACAUACAUAACAGGCAGAAUCGGUCUGCAUAAUGUCGUGUUAUGCUACAUGCCAGGCAUAGGUCGAAGUCCAGUUGCCAGUGUGGCUUCAAGUCUUCGGAUCAGCUUUACAGGAGUCCAACUCGCGCUUGUUGUUGGGAUCUGCGGUGCUGCUCCGUACCCUUCAAAUCGAAAGCAAAUUUUCCUCGGAGAUGUCAUUAUUAGCGACUCGAUCGUUCAAUACGAUUUCGGCAGACAAUACCCGGGCGGGUUCGACCGAAAGAAGGGCGUCAGGGACAUAUUAGGUCGACCAAGCCAGGAGAUCAGGGCUUUGCUGAACAGUCUACAAAGACGGCGCUCUCUGUUAGAGUUCAAGGACGAGACUUCGCAGUAUCUUGAUUUUGAAUCCUCAUUUGCACAUAAGCAUUAUACCUCGGUCCUAUCUUCAAGAUGGCGAUCAGAAGAACUCUAUGAACUCCAAACACAGCUUCUCCGGGUUAGCAUCUAUGAGCGUAUUGUCGUUUUACAGGGUCCGCCUGGAAUCGGAAAAUCUUCGCUGGCGGCUCAAUAUGUGGAAGAGUUCUUUGAAAACUACUCGGCCAUAUUCUGGCUUGAUGCCUCGUCCCCAUCACAUCUUGAGCGCAGCUUUUCGAAGGCUAGAGCUCAGAUUCAACAGGAGAGUCAUUAUGUGGGUCCUAUUGAAAGGGUUCACAAUGGAAUUUUGUCUUGCCACGAUUCAUAUCACCGCUAUGCGAGAAAUUCAUCCCCGGGCAUCCGGAGCGUUUGUGCGAGGGGCGAGGACGUCCAAGCUGUUCAGCGCUGGCUUAGCAGAAAGAAUAAUAAUCAUUGGCUUCUGAUCUUUGACAAUUAUCCCUCUAUGAUGGAUUCCGAUGAGAAUGAUGAAAGGCCUUUGAUCGAGCGUUUCUUUCCUGAUGCGCGACAUGGCCACAUGGUUGUUACAACGAGAUCAUCUCUCCCUUUAGGCCAUACCAUUCGACUUGAAAAGAUCAAAUGUGCCGAUGAAGGUCUCAAAAUUCUAGCAGGAUCCUCGGGAAAACAUUAUGUUUUAAGAGGGGAUAGCUGUCGUAGUUACCUCGAUCUCCUCGAGCAAAAUUGGUCCCAAGUACAGGAACAGAAUCCUCGACUGCCAUCCUACGGUGGGAACUUGGAUUCUUGCUGGGAGGUUGCAUUUGCUGCCCUCAGAGACUCGCCUGACGUACAUAUGGGUUUCAGCUCAUGGGUCAUUCUUGACAGCUCGGAUGCCUGGUUUGAGCUUUUUGCACGAAAGGGAACCGAUAAAAUAAAGUUCAAUCGGGCGAUGAUGUUACUUCGCAACUAUGGAGUUGUAGAACACGGCCCCAUCCCAUCUGAUGAAACACUCGGCUCUCGUGGGUACAAUAUGCAAAAGACUUUCCAUACCUGGUUGCAAAAUCGCUUCCACCAGGUCACACCUACUCUGCCAUGCUGGGCAGUUGAUCGCAUCUUGGAUUCUUCUCGAAAGGUCAUCGAUAGUGGUACAUACUUUGAAGGGCUAGUUUGA